CAGGAAACACGCCCUGAACUGUCACAGAAUGAAGCCUGCCCUCUUCAGCGUUCUGUGUGAGAUCAAAGAGAAGACCGGUGCUAUGCUUACGUUUCAGUCGAGGAGAUGCUGGAUCAUCAGCCAGUACAAGCACAGACUCAGUUGAUCCACAUCCAGCCUCAGCCAGUACCAACACAGACCCAGUACAGCCAGCUUCAGCAAGUACCAACACAGACCCAGUACAGCCAGCUUCAGCAAGUACCAACACAGAUCCAGUACUGGCAGCAUCAGCAAGUACCAACACAGACCCAGUACAGCCAGCUUCAGCAAGUACCAACACAGACCCAGUACAGGCAGCGCCAGCAAGUACCAACACAGACCCAGUACAGCCAGCUUCAGCAAGUACCAACACAGAUCCAGUACUGGCAGCAUCAGCAAGUACCAACACAGACCCAGUACAGCCAGCUUCAGCAAGUACCAACACAGACCCAGUACAGGCAGCGCCAGCAAGUACCAACACAGACCCAGUACUGGCAGCGCCAGCAAGUACCAACACAGACCCAGUACUGGCAGCGCCAGCAAGUACCAACACAGACCCAGUACUGGCAGCGCCAGCAAGUACCAACACAGACCCAGUACAGGCAGCGUCAGCAAGUACCAACACAGACCCAAAUAUAAUAGUUGCUGCUCCACCAAAUUACCCAGCAGAUUGGCCCCCAGUCUUAACAUACUUUAUAAGGACUGAGUUAGUGCGCAGAGGUCCAUUUUUAAACCAGGCCUGGAUUUUUCUUACCCUAAAGACAAGUCUAGAAGAGACCCAGUACCCAUUCAGGCUUAUUACAGAGACCGCUGUCAAAUGGGGAAAAGAUUACCAGGAGCUGGCUUUCAUACCCAAUCAAAAACAACGCUGUGUUGUUUUUGUUAUAAGCUCAUCUACAGAAGACUACAAAAUAAUAAAGGAAUGCAUGAAUGACUGGUCAAUUGAUCUGCGCUUAAGUUGGGGACAGACUCUUGACCAGAUACAAGUUACAAUUUUGGAGGCUGAAAGAAAGUGAUGGCGAGAUAUCCUUACACGUUUUAAUAAGAUUCACCCAGUCUCUUGGCGGGAUAUCCUUACACGUUUUAAUAAGAAUCACCCAGUCUCUUGCUGAAAGAAACGAUGGCGGGAUAUCCUUACACGUUUUAAUAAGAAUCACCCAGUCUCUUGGCGGGAUAUCCUUACACGUUUUAAUAAGAAUCACCCAGUCUCUUGCUGAAAGAAAUCUAGCAAUCGGGUUCAUCAGACAAACUCUUUCAACCAGAUAAUGGUAACUUCCUAAAAGAGGUUGAAUUACUGGCAAAAUUUGACCCCGUUAUGGAACAUCUCAGCAAAAUGAAAGAUUGAGACACCUGCUCAUUACCUUGGGAAGAGCACACACAAUGAGGUGAUACAGAUUGUGAGUGACAAGAUUCUGGAAGCAAUAGUAAAUCGAGACUCAAAGUACUUCUCCAUGCAUCUUGGACUGUACACCUGACAUAAGUCACCAGGAGUAAAUGUCCAUUAUUCUGAGAAGCGUGGCUUUAAAGGGAAAGCCAGAGAUCAAGGCGUACUUCCUCGGCUUUGCGAAUGUUGAGGUUACAGCAGGCUUGAAUCUGUCCACUGUCAUCUUAGAUAAGCUGAACAAGCUGAAGAUUCCAUUUGAAGACUGCAGAGGGCAGCUUAUGAUAAUGGGGCCAACAUGAAGGGCAAGCACCAAGGAGUACAAGCCAGACUGCUCAAAAAAAAAUCCCAGAGCUGUGUUUGUCUCACGUGGAGCACAUACAGGUUUUUGGGGCAUUUGCAAAAGCUCUUCACCUUCUUUUUAGCUGGUGCACAAAGAUGGAGGGUUUUCAAGAAACAUGUGAACAUAACUGUGAAGACAUGGAGUGACACAAGAUGGGAGAGUAGGUGUGAGAUACUGACAAUGGCAAACAAGGUGAACAGACUCCUCUAAAUGCAGUUGGAUAUCGCAGAGAAUUUCAUCACAAAUGCAAAGGCCUCCCUCACUACAUACCGGGAAACUGGAUUCUCGGCCCAGACAACAAAAAGCAUUUGUGAAGAAAUUAAUGUGGAGGCCGUUCUGAAAGAGACAAGACUGAGAAACAGCAAGGGACAUUUUAGCUAUGAGGCUCCUGAUGAACCAGUGACUGAUGUACUGAAAAACCUUGAAGUCAACUACUUCAACAUUUUAGUCGACUCAUUGUAGUGACAUCCAUGGAUGAGAUAUUUGAAACACUCAAGCAAAUAUGGAGUGCUGCUGAACUUCAGCACUGCCUCUCAGAUGUCCAGUGAAUCUUUAAAGGCUCUCUGCAUGGAAGUUUAAAACUCUAGCAUUCAGAGAUGACUGUGACAUUAGUGGAAUGGAUCUGGCACAUAAGAUUCAGAUAAGAUGACUGCCUUUUGUGCUGCUUUCCUUUCUCUGUGGGGAAAAACCUGGAGGAAUUCUAUCCUAACCUUUGCAUAGCCCUAAGAGUUGCAGUCAUCCUACCAGUAACAGUAGCAUCGGCAGUGAGCUCAUCAAAAGCUACCUGAGGUCUUCCAUGUCACAGGAAGGUUGUGUCACAGAGUGGUCUGGCCAUCAUGAGUAUAAAUCGUAGGGAAACAUGUCCUAUGAUGAUGACAUUGAUGAUUUUGCCUCAAAGUGCAGAAGAGGAAUAUUUUGAUGUGCUGAGUAUCCGAGGCAUUCAGGAUGAGGACCCCCCAGACCCCCAGAUCAUGCGCCUGGAUAACAUGCUGCUGGCCGAGGGCGUGUCUGGCCCGGAGAAGGGCGGGGGCUCGGCUGCAGCAGCUGCGGCCGCAGCAGCAGCAGGAGGGUCACCCGGUGCCGACGGCGGCAUCGAACACUCAGACUACAGAGCCAAGCUGGCACAGAUCAGACAGAUCUACCACUCUGAGCUGGAGAAAUAUGAACAGGCGUGCAGUGAGUUCACCAACCACGUGAUGAACCUGCUGAGGGAGCAGAGUCGCACGCGGCCCAUCUCUCCCAAGGAGAUCGAGCGCAUGGUGGCCAUCAUCCACCGCAAGUUCAGCUCCAUCCAGAUGCAGCUCAAACAGAGCACCUGCGAGGCCGUCAUGAUUCUACGCUCCAGAUUCCUCGACGCCAGGCGUAAGAGGCGUAACUUCAACAAGCAGGCUACAGAGGUGCUGAACGAGUACUUCUAUUCCCACCUGUCUAAUCCCUACCCCAGUGAGGAGGCCAAAGAAGAGCUGGCCAAGAAGUGUGCCAUCACGGUCUCACAGGUAUCUAAUUGGUUCGGCAACAAGAGAAUACGGUACAAGAAGAACAUUGGUAAGUUCCAGGAGGAAGCGAACCUCUACGCAGUUAAAACAGCGGUGGAUGCUGCCAGCGUGUCGGCACAGGCUAGCCAGGCUAACUCUCCGGCGACGCCCAACUCAGGUGGAUACCCUGCACCGUGCUACACACCUGACGGCAGGCUAUGAGUUGACCACUAGAUCACUCUACAUCCCACGCCGCCUCGACCCUAGCAACAGCUGGCAGGACAACACCCAACCCCCCUCCGUCACCUCUCCACCAGGCCCCCCUGGCAGCGUUCACUCUGACACAUCCAACU